CCCCACUCCGGGUCCUUGGUUUCGCCGCGAUGAAGCGCCCUUGCGAGGAGACGACCUCCGAGAGCGACAUGGACGAGACCAUCGACGUGGGGAGCGAAAACAAUUACUCAGGGCAAAGUACUAGCUCUGUGAUUAGAUCGAAUUCUCCAACAACAACAUCUCAGAUUAUGGCCAGAAAGAAAAGGAGAGGGAUUAUAGAGAAAAGGCGUCGGGAUCGGAUAAAUAACAGUUUAUCUGAAUUGAGACGACUGGUGCCAACGGCUUUUGAAAAACAAGGAUCUGCAAAGUUAGAAAAAGCUGAAAUAUUGCAAAUGACAGUGGAUCAUUUGAAGAUGCUUCAGGCAACGGGAGGCAAAGGCUACUUUGAUGCACACGCUCUGGCCAUGGACUUCAUGAGCAUCGGGUUCCGAGAGUGCCUAACGGAAGUGGCAAGGUACCUGAGCUCCGUGGAGGGCCUGGACUCCGCGGAUCCACUGCGGGUGCGACUCGUCUCUCAUCUCAGCACUUGUGCCUCCCAGCGCGAGGCGGCGGCUAUGACGUCCUCCAUGGCCCACCACCACCAUCCCCUCCAUCCGCAUCACUGGGCGGCCGCCUUCCACCAUCUGCCCGCAGCCUUGCUCCAACCCAGUGGACUCCACACCUCGGAGUCGACCCCUUGUCGCCUCUCCACAACUUCAGAAGUGCCUCCUGCCCACGGCUCUGCGCUCCUCACGGCCACGUUUGCCCACGCAGAUUCUGCCCUCCGAAUGCCAGCCACGGGCAGUGUUGCCCCUUGUGUGCCACCUCUUUCCACCUCUCUCUUGUCCCUCUCUGCCACCGUGCAUGCCGCAGCCGCAGCCGCCACCGCAGCCGCACACAGCUUCCCUCUGUCCUUCGCGGGGGCUUUCCCCAUGCUCCCCCCGAACGCAGCUGCGGCAGUGGCAGCCGCAACGGCCAUCAGCCCACCCCUGUCGGUAUCAGCCACGUCCAGUCCUCAGCAGCCGAGCAGUGGAACAAACAGUAAACCUUACCGACCUUGGGGGACAGAAGUUGGAGCUUUUUAAACUCUCCUUGAACUUCUUGCAAUAGCAACUGAAUGUCCUUCAUUUCAGAGUCAGCUUACAACCUCUGCACCCUGAAGGUAGCCAUGCCGAGGCCUACAGAUCCGCACAGGACAAUAAAGCUAUUUGAGACACAAA